UUGUGUGUGUGACGGAUGGAUUCCCUCCGCUGUUUUGACUACUUUACACAUUUUAUAAGCUCUUCACGAGUUCCCAGCUGGCCAAAAUACCAUUACAUGCAGGCUAUGCACCGCUACGCACACACAACGAGCGUAUUUACCUCAGCAAACAGCAUUGUUUUGGAUGUUAUGUAAAUUCUGUCUCAAAAUCGGCAAUACGUCAUAAAAUCCGACCAAUCACGUUGUGAAUGUAUCCCUAUGCCUGAAGGUUCGGUAUCUUUUGGUUCGGUGAUAAAAUUGCCAAUCUGAAUGCUAAUCGGACCAGGACUAAAUGUUUUUUUUUUUUUCUUCCUUGGUCUGGACCAAAUGAACCAAACACACCGAACUACAAUUGUGAACGCACCCUUAGAGUAUACUCCUUUUGCCAUGUAUGCGCUAUUUAGUGGACUUUGUUUUCAAGCACUAAAGUCACUUGCACAUGCGUUGUUGUAUGUGCACCAUCUGCACGGUCACAAAAAUUUAGCUGCACCAAAGGCAGGGUGUGGGGAUGCGGAUGGCCAAAAUAUUCUUUAGGCUUAAAGUGAACAUUGUGCAUGUUUACAGCUGCCUGAGGUGUUGCUGGUUUAGUUUUGUUAAUAAGAGACCUUGGUAACAAAAACUCUUGAGGUGAAAGAACAGGGGAGAAUGGUCCUUGCUUAGUUCAGCUGGGUUUUUGUCUUGUGCCAUUUCUCAGCUAGGUUCUAUGGUCACAAAGAACAUAUCUUACAAUCAGAAAGAGCUUUAUUGCCAAGUGUGCACACAUGAGGAAUUUACCUUGGUAUUGAAUCUUCCGGUACACACACAUAAAUAUAACAAGACACACAACAUUUAGGAAAAAAAAUAUAAAAAGUGUAAAGACAGAAAAGUUUAGUCAGAAUAACCAUUUACAGAUAAAGAACAUUUACAGUAUUGUGAAUAGUAUGAAUAAAUAAUAAUAAAUUAAAUUAGUAUUGCUCUCGGAAGGCAUUUAACUGUUCAAGAGAGAAGUAGCCUGUGGGAAAAAACAGUUUCUGUGCAUAGAUGUUCUAGUGCCUAGUGAGGUCCUGUCUGGACGGCAACAGUUAAAUUAGUUUGUGGGGUGAGUGGAGCCUGUGAUGAUUUUACCUGCCCUUUUCCUCACUCUAGAAGAGUACAGGUCCUGUAGGGUGGGCAGGGGGCACCAAUAAUUCUCUAAGCAUUCCGGACUGUCCGUUGUAGUCUCCUGAUGACUGAUUUGGUGGCUGAAUCAAACCAGACAGCUGUAGAUGAACACAGGACAGACUCAAUGACAGCUGAGCAGCUGUGUGUCAGCAGCUCCUGUGGCAGGUUCAACUUCCUUAGCUGGCGAAAAAAGUACAACCUCAGCUGGGCCUUUAUGACAAUGGAGUCCAACUUCAGGUCCGAGAUGGUGGUCCCCAGGAACCUGAAUGACUCCACUGCUUUUACAGUGCUGUCCAUGAUGGUGAGUUGGGGGAGUGCUGGUAUGUUCCUCCUGAAGUCCACUAUCAUCUCCACUGUUUUCAGCUGCAGGUCGUUAUGACUGCACCAGAUAGCCAGUUGUUCAACCUCUUGUCGGUUUGCAGACUCGUCACCAUCCUGGAUGAGGCCAGUGACUGUGGUGUCAUCUGCAAACUUCAAAAGCUUGACAGAGGAAUCUUUAGAAGGUGCAGUCAUUUGUGUACAGUAAGAAGAGCAGUGGGGAGAGGAUGAAACCAUGUGGAGUGCCAGUGCUGAUAGUCAGAGUCCUGGAUGUGAAUUUUCCCAGCCUCACUAGCUGCUGCCUAUAUGUCAGAAAGCUGGUAAUCCAUCGACAGAUUGGGAUGGGCACAAAAAGCCUGAUCAGUUUGUAUGAUCAAGUUCUGGCCUAAUGGUAUUGAAAGCCAAAGCGAAGUCUACAAAUAAGAUUGUUGCGCAAGUCCCAGGUCUAUUGAGAUGUUGCAGGAUAUAAUGCAGUCCCAUGUUGACUCCAUCAUCCACAGACCUGUUUGCUCUGUAGGCAAAAUGCAGAGGGUCCAGCAAGGAUCCAGUGAUGUUUUCAGGUAGGCUAACACCAGUCUCUCAAAUGACUUCAAGAUCACAGACAUGAGACCUAUAGGUCUGAAGUUAUUAAGUCCAAUGUUUUGGGGUUUUUGGUGACUGGAAUGAUAGUGGAGUGUUUGAAGCAUCCUUCAACGGGCCCCAGUGGAGCUGGGAGAUGGCGGUCAACAUUUUGUGAUGGCAGCUUUGUGACGCUUGCCGCAAGUGGCUGAUGGCCCAGACAUGCAACGUCAAGGAAGUGAUUGAUUUGGUGGUACUGGAGCAGUUCAUCAUUCUGCUUCCUUGAAGAACAGCUGAACGCGUCCAGUGCCACCGCCCGGCGUCUCUAAAUCAGGCCAUCCAGCUGGCUGAAGACCAUCUGGUGGUGUGCCCCGGGGUCGGUGAGACCCUCCCUAAUCUCUCUCUCUCCAGCUCCUCUCCCUCUCUUUCUCUCGUCCUUUCCCUUUUCCCAGGUCAUGGAGCAACGUGCCCCCUUGAACCCAACAGCAGAGAAAAAGAAGCAGUCUGGCCUCAGAGUUUUCCCAGGGAGCUAGAUCUGGGAUACGAGGAGGCAUGUCAGAAAGCUUCAGACCCUCUGCUCCACAUCUCUUCCCUCUCUCCGCCAGUCUCUUGGCCAUCCUUCUGAUGCUGGGGCGGCGGGAAGACCUCGGCUGCAGAUGCGGUUAGCCAGGUCAUUUCCAGGACCAGUGUCCAGUGAUGGAGGUGGGAGCAUUGAUCCGGUCCCUGACUACCUGUGGGCUGCCCCUGACUCCCUGUGGGCUGCCCCUGAUCAAGUUGGGCAGUACCAAAUACCUGGGAGUAUUAAGGGGGGUAUAUAUUACACUUUGGUGGAUUCAGGCUGUAACCAAACCUCAAUUCAUCAAAGCAUUAUGCAACAAAGGGCAUUGAAUAUGAGCCGCAAGGUUAAGAUGAGGUGUGUGCAAGAGGAUGUGAUGGAUUAUCAUUUUGUACGAGUCAGUAUUCAAUUUAGGGAAAAAAAUCAUAUGAGUUAAAGUGGCAGUUAAUUCCCAUUUAAGGCAUCCACUAAUUUUGGGUACAGAUUGGCCAGCUUUUUCACUAUUAUUGGGGAUUUUGGGAGUCUUACCAGCCUGUUGACUGAUCUCACUAAAAAGGAAGCACAAGAUCCGGUCCAGUGGACAGAGCUGUGCCAACAGGCUCUAACCAAAUUAAAGGCUGCCCUGUGUGGCGGCGGGCCACUCUUACAUUCUCCUAACUUUGAUCUCCCUUUUUUGCAGACUGUGUAGUCUUGUUGGUUUCCAAGUCAAUGCUGUUUUCUCUGAUAUCUGUCGUAUAUAUCAGAGAUCUCUGAGCUGAAUCUGAAUGCUUCUCACUAGAUCUUAAUUAGUUAUUAACUAGUUGUUAAUUCUGUGGGGAAUUCAAUGGAUUUCUUCACUGGAUCUCCCAUCAUUGUGUAGUAACAGAGUGUCGCAUGAUCAAGAUCGGCCUGCGACUCGCCUGAUGGUGCUAAAAGAGGAGAGUGAAGUAGAAGAGCAUGAUCAAUACAAGAAUCAUCAUGAUUUCACAACUGGAGAAAAAACUUUUAGUUGCUCACAAACUGAAAAGACUUCCUCACGAAAAAGGGCUAAAAAGACAGGAACUAGAAGGAAUUUCACCUGCCAACAGUGUGGAAAGUGUUUCAACCAACAUGAAAAUCUUAAAGUCCACAUGAGAAUUCACACAGGAGAGAAACCUUACACAUGUCCUCAGUGUAAAAAGACUUUUUCUGAAAAAGUAAGCCUUAAAAGACACAUGAGAGGUCACACUGGAGAAAAGCCUUACACUUGCCAACAGUGUGGGAACACUUUUGCUGAAAAAGUAAGCCUUAAAAGACACAUGAGAAUUCACACAGGAGAGAAGCCUUACACCUGCCAACAGUGUGGAAAGUGUUUUGCUGAAAAAGUAAGCCUUAAAAGACACAUGAGAAUUCACACUGGACAGAAGCCUUACACAUGCCCUCAGUGUGGAAAGAGUUUCAGUAGUAAAGGAAGCCUUAAAGUCCACAUGAGAAUUCAUACUGGAGAGAACCCUUAUACCUGCCAACAGUGUGGAAACACAUUCAAUAUAAAAGGAAGCCUUAAAAAACACAUGAGAACUCACACUGGAGAGAAGCCUUACACCUGUCCUCAGUGUGAAAUAAGUUUCACUCUAAAAGAAAGCCUUAACAGACACUUGAGAAUUCACACAGGAGAGAAACCUUACACAUGUCCUCAGUGUGGAAAGACUUUUGCUGAAAAAGUAAGCCUUAACAGACACACGAGAAUUCACACUGGAGAGAAGCCUUACACAUGCCCUCAGUGUGGAAAGAGUUUCACUCAAAUUGGAAACCUUAAAGUCCACAUGAGUGUUCACACUGGAGAGAUGCCUUUUACCUGCCAACAGUGUGGAAGAAGUUUCAACCGAAAAGGAAACCUUAAUUGCCACAUGAGAAUUCACACUAGAGCAACAGCGUGGAAAGAGUUUUUAUCAACAUGAAAACCACAUGAGAGUUCACUCUGGAGAGCAACCCUCCAUGCCCUCAGUGUGAAAAAAGUAUUGGGGAAAAAUAGCUUUAAGUACCACAUGAGUAUUCAGUAUGAGAUGAUUAGAUUCAAUAUAUGGAUUAUUAAAAUGAAGAAUGAACUACUUACAAUUUUACAUGUCAACAAAAGUAUAAAUCUGUAUCAAAUAAAAUACAUAAAACUGUGUAGGCCUGUGCCCAGAUGCUGAAUGAUUUUAAGGAGCACUGAUCUGGGAUUAGCAUAGUUAAAAUCUCUGGCGAAUUGACGCCCCAAGCUUCUGCAGUUCUCUAAUAGCCCCAUUACUAUUCAUCAAACGCCCGCUUAGUGUUGCACGUCCUGAUAUUGCUGAGUUAGAUGCGUUCCUGGGUCAACAUAUUUUCUUGAUCCUGGAACAACAUUCUAGUCUGAAAAUUUAGUCUUAACCCUAUUCCUACCCCUAAACCUACCCCUAC